AUGGAGUAUAGUAUGUGUACUUGCUCUGAAAGUGGGGGUGCUGCUGAAGAUCUUGCACGUUUACAGUUGUUAUGGAAACAGCUGAAGAGAACUGAAGAAAACCUACAAACUGUAGAGGAAGAGCUUUCCAGCACUAGUACAAGCAAAUGUAAUGGACAGGUCUUCAAUGAAGCUGUAGACUUUACUCUGGAGGACUUACUUCAGCUUCAUUGCAGCUAUCAAGGCUUUUCUGACUGUAAGAAAAAACCUCUGACUGUAAGUAAAACCUCUGUCCAGAAUUUUCCAAGAAAAUCUGAACCUUACUCAAUAUUCACUGCUUCUGAAAAAACUGCAGAAGAAACUGAACAUCUUAAGGAAAAGCUGCAAGCCCUUCAUGAGCAAAAUGCAUUUUUGACUUCUCAGAACCACUACCUGAAGAACAGAGUGGAAGCAAUGAACUUUGAAUUGAUACAGUCAAAAUCAAGAAUUUCCCAUCUUGAAUCAACUUUAGGAACACGUUUAGUCAGGAUUCCGAAGUUGAAAGAACAGAUUCUAAACUUGGAAGCUGAAGUUUCAGCUCAAGAUAAAGUCCUGAGAGAUGUGGAAGAUAAACUGGAUAAAAGGCGGAAAACAGAAAUGGAAAGAGAAAACACAUUGCAAAGGUAUAAAAAGGACUUCAAACAUCUGAAAAUGGAGCUUGUAGAACAAAGCAAGCAAGGAAAGAGAGCAGAACAGCAAAGAAAUGAAGCUUUGUUGAAUGUGGAGGAGCUGACAAGAACUUUCAAAAAUUAUAAAGAGAAAAUAACCGAAAAAUUAGAAAAGGUUAAAGCUGAAGAAGUAGUCUUGGGAAAACGAUUAGUUGAUUGUGAAAAAGAAAAAGAGAAGCUGAAUGAAAAGUGUUUGAGCUACAGAAAGGAUCUAGACAUCCGAGAAGAGCAAUUAAGGCAAUUAAGGGAAGAGAAUCAUAGUACAAAAGAAGAAAUUAAGAAUCUAGAGGCAAAGAAGACUGAAAUGGUAUCAAUGCUGACUCAGUCCAAUCAGAAGAUCAUUGAGCUUGAGAGAAAACUUGGUGAAAAAGAAAUGGCACUUAAAGAAAAAAAAACUCUAAUAAGUGAAAAUGCAGAGCUGCGAGUGCUUAUUGCACAGCAACAUGACCACUUGAAAUUAUACCAGCAAGAAAUUGAAGAUUCAAGGGAGGAGCUCAGCAUAUUAGAAACAAUUAUUUUCCAGUUGUCUCAAAGUACAUCUAACGAGUUUAAAUGGCACCACUUGAAACACCAGUUAUCCAGUUCCUCAACAAAAGAAGCUCUCUCUGAAUCUUGUGAAUCGGAUAAAUCUGUGAUUGCACACCUAAGUAGUAAACUAGCAAUGGAAGAAACAGAAAUUCAGAAGCCUUGUGGAAACUUAACUAUGUGUACCGGAGCUGAGCAUCUUUCUAAAGAUAACGAAGGGCAAGAAAAUAGCAGGUUAUGUGGUCUGGAAAUGGAGCCUGUCAAAUUGAUGAGAAACCAAGGAGAGAGGAGAAAAUGUCAACAAUUGAAACUUAUCAGCAAACAAUUUGAAAAGGAGAGGCAAAGAUUCCAGAAAGAGAUAGAGGAGUUGCGCACUAAACUGACAGAAAAAGAGGACGAAAAUUCUUCUUUGAAGACCAGCAUGGCUCAGAGAACCACUCAGUUUCAAAUCAUUCAGGAUGACCUGUUGAAGAAGGCUUCAAAAACGAGUAGCUUAGAGAGAGAAAUAACAAAGAAAUCCUCUCAACUUUCUGCCCUUGAGAAACAGUUGGAAGAGAAGACUAGAUCUUACUCUGCUGCUGCAACAAGAAAUACCAAGUUGGAACAGGAACUCAUGAGGAAAAACAGACACAUUCAUGAGUUGGAAACAGCUGUCAGCAAACAACAUGAGCAAGUAACUUCUGCUUUUGAAAAAGCAAAGCUGGUUCAUCUUGAGCAGCACAAAGAGAUGGAGGAACAGAUUGAACUACUUGAGACACACCUGGAGAAGAAGCAUCAAGAAUUCACCAAACAAGAGAAAAUAAUAUCUAUUUUGCAACAAGAUAUUAUACAUAAACAGCAUCGCAUACAGUCAUUGGAUGGGAUGCUGAUGGAAAGCAGAGAGGAAAUGGAAAAUCAAAAUGCCAAGAAAGAGCAAGGAUUGAAGAUGCUGAGAAGUCAGUUAACAGAAGAAACAAACAAAGUGAGACAGCUUGAGUCGGCACUAGACCUAUGUAAGGAAGAAGUUGCACUGUAUUUGAGUCAGUCACAAGAAAAUAAGGACAUGUUUGAAAAUCAGCUCAAAAAAAAGUCCGAAGAGGUUUGUUAUUUACAGAAAGAAAUAAAAUUGAAAGAUCAGAAUAUUCAGGAAACAAGGGAACAAAAUAUUCUCCUGCAACAAGCUUUGCAUCAUCAGCAGCAAAUGUUACAGCAAGAGACUAUUAGAAAUGGGGAGCUGGAAGAUAGUCAAAUUAAACUUGAAAAACAGAUAUCCAGCUUGGAACAAGAGCUUCAGAAGCAGAAAGCAUAUGCAGAAGAUGAGCUGAGAAAGGUAGAGGAGAAGCUUCACCUAGCUGCUCAGGAAGCAGAUUUAAACAGGCAGAAGGUGGAUGAACUUGUUAGUACAAUCAGACAAAGUAAAUUGGAGAUGGCUCAGUGUAAGAAUGAACUUACUGGUCUGGAAGAAGAAGUAGUGCAAUUAAAACAAGAUGAUGAAAAGAAAGCAAUGCACAUAAAUCAGUUGGAUAUUUCUUUGCAAGAAGCACGAUCAGAGCUCAGUGAUAAAGCAAAUAAGGUGAAUGAUUUAGAAGAUCAAUUGCUUCAAAGUGAGACUUGCCACAGAGAAGCCUUACAGAAAAUAGUAGAACUAGAAUCUGCAUUAAAGAAUGCCCAUGGAGAAUUGAAAAUUACUUCAAUGCAGCUUCAGGAAUUGCAAGGUGCAUUACAGAAUGCACAGUCCUCUCUGGAGGAGAAACACAUUGCUAUUGUGGAUCUAACCACUGAGCUCAGGUAUUGCAAGAGAGAAAUUGAAGACAAAAGCCAAGAACUACUUGACAUGGACCAGGCAUUGAAAGAAAGGAAUUGGGAACUGAAACAACGUGCAGCUCAGAUUACACAGUUGGAUAUGACAGUCCAUGAACAUAAGGGAGAAAUGGAACAGCAAAUAAUUCGAUUACAGUGUGAUUUAGAGAAGGCAGAGUUAGAAAUUAAGGAAUGUCAUAAACAGGUUGAGAGCUUAGAGAAGAAACUCCAGCAUUGUAAAGAUGAGCUUCAUGAAAAAGAGUUCGAAUUGCUCCAGAGAGAUCAAGAAAUAAAUCAACUGAAGAAAAAAAUUGAAAGAAAACAGAGCCUAGAAGCUCUUGAAAAGGUAAAAUAUUCUUUGGACGGAUAA